AUGUCGAGCCGUCGCGUCCCUCUCGCCAAUCUGCAAAAUGCCACAAACUCCCCCAUGCGCGCACCACCCACCGCAGGAAAGCGCCAGCGCUCCCAUGCCAGCGAGCAGCGCGACAUCAACUAUGGCCAGCCCCCGCCCAAGAAGCAGAUGAUCGAGGUCGACGACGCCGAGGCUCGUCGCCAUGGCCUGGUCCGCCGGAGCGGGGCCCAGCCCACGGCCUUGACCAGGAAGCUGGAAGCCGCCCGUGAGACCAAGGCCCCCUCGAAGCAGGCUGCCCAGCGAGCUGCCCAGGACUUGGAGACGAUCCGCCAAUGGCAGCGUCACUACCGCAAACUUUUCCCCCAGUUUGCCUUUUACUUUGAUAGCGUAUCUGAUCCGCAAAAAGACAAGCUUAUGAGCAGAGCCCGCAUCCUUGGCUCGCGUGAGGUCAAAUUUUUCUCGAGAGAAGUCACCCAUGUCAUCACCACGCGGACCAUUCCCGCCGACCUUGAUGGAAGUUCCUCGGCCCACAAGGGAACCGUCAACCCGGCCCAGCUGGAGAAUAAGAAGUCUGUGUUUGAUGCUGCCCUCGAAAAGUCGGACCGCGGUGACAUCUUGUACAAGGCCAAGAGCUUGGGAAUGAAGAUAUGGUCUGUUGACAAGGUGCAGCGCAUGAUUGAUACCAUGUUCAACAAAGAGACUGGCGAGGAUGUUGCCAGCCACUCCACGCGUCACAGUGCAGCUGCACAGCAGCAAAAGGGUCGCCCUGCGGACCUGCAGAGGCUGCUGCAGAACGAGAAGAUGGACCGCGACUAUGUCAUGGCCUCGCAGGAUAUGAUUCCUCUCCGCGGAUACUACGUCUAUGUGCACGACAUGGACGAGGUCACGCGGCCAGUCAUGAUCCGAGAGUACCAGAAGGUCGAGAAGGAAAAGGGCAAGUGGCCGCAGUUCCGCGCUUCUGGCAACGGCAAAUGUCCCUUUGUCGAAGAUCCCCAUUUCGGCCGCCGACAACAGGAGGAGCAGGAAGCACGCCGUAGACAGGCGGCAGCACCUCCACGAACGCGUGCCGCCUCUGCUUUGGAAGAGAAGAACGCGCUUCUCGAGAACAACAACCUCGCCCGCCGUCCUAGUGCCCCCGCUGCCAUGAUCAAGGAAGACACUGAGGACGCGAAGCCACUAGAACCCCCGAAAGCCAUUCCCCCCAAGCGAUGCAACACGGCUGAUGGCCCACCGCCCAUGUUCGGCAGUGCUCAGGCUAGUAUCCGGGCGAUGCCUCGUUGCAUUGCCGGCGAGCCUGUCGCGUCUGGCCUGCACCAGUCAAACGUGACAUCUGCUAUCCGUUCCCAAAUGAUUUCCUCCACCGCUGCUGCACCCCGUGCCGGUAACAGCAAGGAGGUCAACCAGUUGAAGCGAAAAGUCCUUGAAAAGAACAGCGCGCCGUCGGCGAAUACGAAUAGUGGCCAUUCGUCCGUCACAAACGAUGUCAGGACCGCGAUUACCCAGGAGCACUCGCAGCCCAUGCGAGCGGCCAAGCGCAAGGCUCAAGAGACAUUGGGCCGAAUGCACGACGAUGGAGACGAAGAGAGACAGGCUCGCAAGGCGGCAGCUCUUCGCCGACGCAAGACUGUUGAAAAGGAGUUGAAGCCAGGCUACUGCGAGAACUGCAGGGAGAAGUUCAACGACUUUGACGAGCACGUCGUCUCACGCAAGCACCGCAAAUUUGCGGCAAACUCUGACAAUUGGGUUGAGCUCGACCAGCUACUCGCCCAACUUGAUCGUCGAUGA